AACCACCCUUUUUUUUUUUUUUUUCGUUUUGAUCAACCAUAUAUUUUCUUUCCAUUUUUUGAAUAUUAAUGCAACGCGUAGAGUAGGUAGCUAAUGAAGAAAAAUUAAAUUCAAUGGAUGAUGUUUGUUUUGUGGUGUUUAGUACUAGUUUGCUCUUUCUGUUGAUCACAGUUUCAUUUGCAGUUGACAGCAUCAGUCACUCGCAGUCUAUCCGUGAUAACGGCAGCACCUUGGUUUCAAGUGAUGGAAGCUUUGAGCUGGGGUUCUUCAGUCCAGGUAACUCGAAAAAUCGUUACUUGGGAAUUUGGUACAAAAACAUCCCAGUUAAAACUGUUGUUUGGGUUGCAAAUCGAUGCAAACCGAUUGAUGACUCAUCCGGUGUGCUGAUGAUAAACAGCACAGGAUAUCUUGUGCUGUUGGGUCAGAAUAAGAGUGUUGUUUGGUGGACAAGUUUAUCUAAGUAUGCACAGAGUACAAUGAUACAGCUAUUAGAUUCUGGAAAUUUUGUAGUAAGAGAUGUGACGGAUGGAAAGUCAUUGUGGCAAAGCUUCGAUUAUCCUUCUCAUACAUUGUUACCGGAAAUGAAGAUGGGAUGGGACUUUAGGACAGGUCUUAAAAGAGGAUUAUCAGCAUGGAAAAAUUCAGAAGACCCAUGUCCAGGGGAAUUCACUUGUGGGAUUGAAAUGGAAACUCAUGCAUACCCUGAGGUAUAUUUCCGGAAAGGUGGUCUGAAACAUUAUCGUUCUGGCCCAUGGAAUGGCCAAGAAUUCAGUGGUGCAUCAGCACUAAGGCCUAAUCCAAUUUAUAGUUUCGACUUUGUGUAUAAUGAUAAUGAAGUGUACUACAUGUACAAACUUCGAAGCAAGUCUGUAAUUUCAAUCAUGGUCUUAAAUGGAACCACAAGCACACGCGAUCGCCUUACAUGGAUUGAAGCAGAGCAAACUUGGAGGGUCUAUGCAUCAGUACCUAGAGAUCUCUGUGAUCGAUAUAACCUCUGUGGAGCAAAUGCAAAUUGUAUCAUUAGUGACAGUCCAGUAUGUCGAUGUCUACAAGGAUUCAUGCCUAAGUCACCAGAGAAAUGGAAUUCGACAGACUGGUCACUUGGAUGUAUGCGCAAGAAACCCCUAAGCUGCCAGGAAAGUGAUAAAGACAGGUUUGUCAAGUUCACUAAUUUGAAAUUGCCGGAUGCUACACAUUCUUGGGUGGACAGAAGUAUGAACAUCAAGGAAUGCAGAGCCAAAUGCUUGAACAACUGUUCCUGUAUGGCUUAUACAAGCUUGGAUAUCAGAGCAGGAGGUUCUGGCUGCGCCAUUUUGUUUGGUGAUCUACUAGAUAUCAGAAAGCUUCCGGAUGCUGGCCAGGAUCUAUACAUUCGAAUGUCGGCUUCAGAGAUAGAUGAUGAUGGUAAAGUGAAGACAGGAAUUAUAGUUGCUGUUGUGAUAGGCGCAGUGUUUUCAGGAAUGCUCUUAGUUGGCUACUACGUCUACCGAAGCAGGACCAAAUUGAAAGAGACAGAAAAACGAGAAGAAAAUCUGAAGAAAAAAGGGGUACAAAAGGAGGACCUGGAGCUCCCGAUCUUCAACAUGAGCACAAUAGCUCGUGCAACAGAUAACUUUUCAGAUGAUAUGAAGCUUGGAGAAGGUGGCUUUGGACCUGUUUACAGGGGGACACUAGCAGAUGGACAAGAAAUUGCUGUGAAGAGGCUUUCAAGCAGUUCUGGCCAAGGAUUUAACGAGUUCAUGAAUGAAAUUAAACUGAUAGCCAAACUUCAGCACCGAAAUCUUGUAAAGAUUCUUGGUUGUUGCGUGCAAGAAGAGAAAAUGCUGAUGUAUGAAUACAUGCCCAACAGAAGCCUGGACUUCUUCAUUUUUGAUCAAACAAGGGAAGAACUACUGUUAGAUUGGCCUAAACGUUUCCACAUCAUUUGUGGAAUUGCUCGGGGUCUCCUCUAUCUCCACCAAGAUUCCAGGCUAAGGAUUAUACAUAGAGAUCUAAAAGCAAGUAAUGUUCUACUUGAUGAUGAAAUGAAUCCUAAAAUUUCGGACUUUGGCUUGGCUAGAAUAUUAACCGGAGGAGAUCAGACUGGAGGAAAUACUAAGAGAGUGGUCGGGACAUAUGGCUAUAUGGCACCUGAAUAUGCUGCUGAUGGGCUAUUUUCUGUGAAAUCCGAUGUCUUUAGCUUUGGUAUAUUGGUGCUGGAGAUUAUAAGUGGAAGGAGAAACAAGGGAUUUUAUGAUCCAGACAACAGCCAUAAUCUUAUUGGAAAUGCUUGGAGAUUGUGGAAUGAAGGAAGGCCUUUAGAAUUGAUUGAUUCAUGGUUAGAGAGCUCAUGUAAUCUAUCGGAAGUGGAAGUGUUACGUUGCAUUGAAGUUGGUCUUUUGUGCGUGCAACAUCAUCCUGAGGAUCGGCCAAGCAUGGCAUCGGUGGUUAUAAUGUUGGGAAGUGAUAUUGCAUUGGCUCAACCUAAACAACCUGGUUUCUUUAUGGAAAAGAAACACGAAGCAAGCCCUGAUAUAGAGAGCAAGAAUCUCCGGGACGGCGUCAUAUUUCCAAAAGCAGCAGCAAAUGGAGGAGGCGUCGACCGAGUGGUUCUGCAUCACCAGAGGAGGCUCCAAUGAAGACCGAAACUCCGUCGUAUGCCGAAACAGCCCAGGUGUUUUCCGGGUCGACAGUGAUUACUGCCUUCUCUUUCAAUAUGGUAGCCCCGAAUUCGAACACCACCUUGCGCGACUCAUCAUUUGCUGCGGCGAGGGGCAAGACGGCAGAGGUGGUGUUUAACUGUGGAGCACACCAGAUCUUAGCAGCAGGUCGAGGUCGUGGAGCUGGUUGGUGAGGGACGCGGCGGCCAUGUCGAGAUCAUUCUGUAUGUAGAGCAUCCCGCUGGUGAACAACCGGGGCUGAAGUACAAAUUGACCUUCGCAUUGGCUCAGGCGGAAGUCUCAUGUUCGUUGGGCUGGACCCGAGCCAAGAAGGCCCAGAAUGAGCUUUAAGUGAACGUGAACUGUAAGAGAUUGAAGAAGGAGGCGAUAAGCGAAGGUCACCUAAGACGAAUUGAAGAACGGUGUUGUGGAGAUGGCUAUGGAUAAUGAGCAAAACGUUGGGUCUGUUGGUAAUGAAGAUGAGGCUAAGCAGAGAGUUUUUUUUUUUUUUUUGGGUCUGAUAGAGGAGAGAGAGUUGGAAACCAAUUUACUAAUGAAGAUAGUGUAAACUUUUAUUGGCUUUUAUUGGGGUC